UGAUGGGGAAAAAAAAAACCCACCCCAGAGAAAACCGGGGUCCCUGGUAAUUAUACUCACGUUUUGUUAAACAUGGCAGAAGUACAAGUUUGUUUUCAUGCUAUGAGUGCAUAAAUCUUACCAUUGCCUCAAUUUUGCGUAUAAUUCUGGAUCACCAAGACCAUCAGAUGUUUUAUUUUUUACAGGUUACACUGAAUCCCAUAAAACAGUAUUUAUGGUAUGUUUUCAAGCAAAAAUAACUCUAAUGAGUUGGAGAGAAAAAGUGUUGGCAGUCAUUAAAGAAAGCAUUACCUGCCUUGCUUCCUGAGAUCUACUUAUAAAGCAUUAACAGAAUACUAAGUAGUUUUACACUUUAACCAAAGGGAUUUAAUUCUGAAAUAAGCAUGCUGCAUUACUUCAGUUUUGCUGCCAUGAAACAUUUUCAUUUUCAAUCAGGUCUUCAAUUAGCGUGGGUUAUUUUCCCUCUAUAAAUACUUUAUAUCGGUAACAUGAAACCCAAAUACUGUUUAUCCAGCUAUUAUCGCGCCCCUGAAAUCAUAGUUUUGACUCAUCUGUCAUGUAUAACUGUUAGCUCCUACUUAAUGCAUAUUUGCUUCUACAUAAAGUUAGAUUAUCAAAUUUUUUUUUAUUAAAAUCAUGUUGUUAGCUUUCACAUUUCCAUGCACUAAGUGGAUACACAUAUGUAGAUAGUGAAUGGCAGUUUUCAAAAUUACAGUGUUUUAACCCAUUUUAGUACUUGUUAAAUACAGGUGUUUAGAAUACAAGGUGUUGGAGAAUAGGGCCAAAAUGUUGUUGAUCUAAUUGCUGGGUGCUCUGUAAACUAUUAUGGAUCCAUCAGUGGAAUUAAAAUAGGAAGCCACCCCUUAAAAGCUGCUUGAGGCACACAUUUUUUGGGGUCCAGCAAUUGGGAGUAAUUCCACCAAUGCUAGUGAAAUUACACUGGUGUGAGUGAGACCAGAAUCAGGGCAUUCACCUUCAUGUUCGUGUAAAGCACCAAAGGUCAAACUCCAAUGAUUUAAGUGUCUCAGGAUGCAGAUAAAUCUAAAGUUUUGUUUUUUUUUUCCCUGGGAGUGAGGUACUUCAUCCUUUUAGGUCCUUUUGAAAUCCUACUUGGUACUUUUCUGUACCUUUAGGUGUUUAAAUAUUUGAUACUCAGUAAUUAAUGUUUGACCCAACAGGUCGUAAACAUCUCUAGCACAGGGUCAGCUGGGCUUAUACGUUGGUCUCAGCUUUCAGCUGUGCUUCAUUUCUGACUGAAUAAGUGGGGGCUGUAGUCUAAGAGGAGCAUGUGACUGAGAUGGUUCAUGGAACCAUAGGCUGAUGAUGGAAUCUGGUAUAAAAGAAGUAAUAUCCUCUGAAAGGGGAGAGAUUUGGGUGAGUUAAGGCCUAAGACCUGACUUGUCUUUCUGCAGUGACCUGGGGAGGAGGCUACCAGAAAGAGUUUCAAAGCAUCAAAAUCCUCCAGCUACCAAAAGGAGAAUGGGAAACUGUUAAUGGAUGCUUUCUGAUGCUGAACCAGAAAAGCAACUACACGGGCUACUGUGGGCUCCUGUAUGCAGCCAAGAGUGAAUACCUGUAUGUGAUUUGCUUCGGCAUCUUCAUCCCUGUCCUGCUGAUCCUGAUCUGCCUGCAUGUCUCAGUGGGGAGGAUUGCCUACUCACAGCACAAACGGAUCUUGCGCAGCUGCUUGCAAGCAGAGCCCUUCAGAGCCCACCUCCGCCACUUCAAGGCACUGAGGACAGCUCUUAUAGUGAUCAUCUGCUUCACGCUCUCCUGGGGACCUUACUACAUGGUAGGCAUUGUGCAAGCUAUCUGUGAGUCCUGCAACUUGGCUGAGCCCCUGAAGGAUAUCUUAUUUCUGCUGGGAGAACUCAAUUCCCUUAUCAACCCCAUCAUCUAUGCACUGUAUAGUAAAGAUAUAAGAAGCCAUUUGGCCAAACUGAUGAAAUGCAAGAAGAAAGGGCAAGUAAAUCCAUUGGCUGUCAUCCACUUUAAUAUCCAAGCCUCUGGCGGCUUAAACAAUCAAGAGGGCAAGGGGUCUGGUUCAUCGGGAGAUCAAGCUUCUGAUGUCACUUUCCCCAGCUGUUCUGGUAACUGCAAAACAGUCUUCUCAGUAUCUUGAUUCAAAGCAGGUGAGCAGCCCACAGUCCAGCAAUGAAAGGGAACAUGGGAUGGAUAAUUUUUGAGUAC